AUGGUGGAGAGAGUCUCCCAGGUGCCUGGAGGUCUUCAAGCAACAACCAAAGAUGGCACAAGAUGUACAAGAUUAGACAAUGCUAAGUGCCCAGGCUCCAGGAACCUUGCAACUCGUCGCUGGUUAGGUUGGAAUGACCAAUGUAUUGAUAUCAAGGAAGUGGAUCCCCCUAGUACUCCUACAGAUACAAGGAAAGAGCUUGCUUUAAAUGUGACUAGCCUACCACAGCUAAAGGCAGGAGAGUACUACAGCUGUCUAUUUGAUGACUUUGGUAAGGAGCAUGCGUUCGUGGACCAAGCGGUUAUCAACAACUCAUCCAUCCUACGAUGCAACACGCCAAGAAUUUUCGAUGUACCAGACAGACCACAGGGUUCCCAAAUUGUGACGUUAUCCAUCCAAUCGGCGGAGACGGGCGUCGAGAUUGCCGAGACGGAGUUUGUCUUCUACAAAUGUUCAGCUUUCACAGGCUGUAUGGAGUGUGUGGACAAUCAUUUUGAAUGUGAAUGGUGCGUCUAUGACAACGUAUGUCACAGCAAAACAGAGGAAUGUACAACAUCUCAACUUACAGGCAGAGUGACUGGACCUGAGACAUGCCCAUGUAUCCUGAAUAAUACAGAGGUUCUAAUCCCUGUUGGCGUCGAGCAAAGCUUCCAAGUAGCAGCAGCUAAUCUGCCUGGUGAUGAGAGUUUACCUGACGGAAGACCAGUAACCUACAAGUGUGUGUUAGACUAUGAAGGCAGAGAGCUCUCCAUACCGGCUACAAGACUCAGUAACAGCCUCUUAGAAUGUCAUUCUUCAACUUACUCAUUUGAGACGGAAGUAGACCAACUCUCUGUGGUUCUCAGUGUGCAGUGGAACGACAACAUACGCAUUGAUAACCCUUCGCAUGCCUCAGUGAUUCUGUACAAGUGCAAUAUGAGGAGACCUAACUGUGGUGUCUGUAUCAGCGCUGAUGCAAAGUACCAGUGUGGAUGGUGUGAAAGCACUCAACAAUGCUCCAUCGAUGAUCAGUGUAGUAAUUGGUAUUCGGGAGGAGACCUCUGCCCAACCCCUAUGAUUACCAGUUUCACCCCUAGAGCUGGACCUGUGGAGGGUAAGACCAACCUGACGAUCAGAGGAAUCAAUCUCGGUCAGACUGCUUCUAAUAUCUAUAACAUCACAGUAGCAGGCCAUCCAUGUGAUCCAUACCCAGAGACAUACAUCACAGCUACAGAGAUUGUAUGCAUGACUCAAGGAGUAUCCAACCCAUUGAGUGGUCCCAUCAUCGUGAGACUAGCCAGCGACAACAAGACAGAGGAAGGGCACUCGGAACAAGACUUCAGAUUUGUGGUACCCAAGAUCAUCUCCCAUGAUCCUAUCCUUGGCCCGGCAUCAGGAGGUACCAGAGUGACCAUCACAGGACAUGAUCUGGACGCUGCUAGCUCCAUCAGAGCCGUAGUUGCUAAUCGGGAUUGUAGUGUGGAUAGUGUAUCUCAAGACUCUAUAGUGUGUGUGACAUCACGUGCCAUGCCCGGUGAUCAUGGCUACGUCGGGAUGAGAUUCGACGGUCGCUAUGUGGAGGGUACCCUGCAAUUCACCUACAAUCCUGAUCCCAGCAUUCUUAGCAUCAAGAGAUUCCGCUCAAUCAGAAGUGGUGGUGUACGAGUUCGUGUGGAAGGUACCAACCUGAACGUGAUACAGAUGCCCCAGAUGAUAUUUAGACUACCGGACAAAAACUUCACAGUUAACUGCUCAGUGAGCAGCCCAGAGACCAUGGUCUGCCGGACCCCUAACGUAUCGGCCAGCAGUGUCUCUCUACCGUUUGAGACGCGUCAAGCUCAAUACGGUUUGAUCUUGGACGGGGUCCAGAACUUCACCAGUCUAGAAGGUCUGUCCGGAGUGCAACCGUUUGAGUUUGUCUCUGAUCCGUACUAUCAGAAGUUCCGUGAGCAGGAUCACAUCAAGAAGCUCUCCUAUGGACAACCCAAGCUGCUUACUAUCCUGGGUGAGAAUCUGACGUUGGGCUAUGAGGAGAAGGAUGUAGAAGUCUUGAUUGGUACUUUCCGCUGUCAGAAGAUUCUCUUAGCUGCAUCCAAGCUAUCGUGUGACCUACCGGAUGAGCAACCACAAAGCAGAAGUGGUGAUCUCUACCCAAAUGUCAUGGUUCAUCAUGGUAACCUUGAGUUCUAUGUUGGAAAGCUUCACUACAAGCCUAAGGAGAUCCCAUGGAUUCUCAUCAUCGGCGUAGCGGCAGGUUCCCUUCUGGCAAUCAUCAUCUUCAUGAUGACCCUGGUGGUGUACUGUCGUAAGGCCAACGCCAACGAACGACUGGUGAAACAGCUGGAGCAACAGAGAGACACGCUGGAGAUGAAAGUAGCCAAGGAGUGCAAAGAAGCUUUUGCCGAGUUACAGACCAGUGUGAAUAAUGUGACCAGUGAUCUUGGUUGUGGAAUACCUUUCCAUAGCUACCACAUCUACGCUAUGAAGACCAUGUUUCCUGAUCAACCCAACCAUCCUGUCCUCAGAGAACUACCGCUUCCUAGAGAUCGUAAGACCAACUGCGAGCGCGGUCUGCAGAUGUUCGGUCAGCUGAUAGAUAACAAGACAUUCCUUCUGUGCCUGAUACAAACCCUGGAAGAGCAACGGACCUUUAACCUGAGGGACGUGAGUGCGGUCGCUUCUCUUCUUAUGGUGGUGCUUCAAUCCAAGAUGGACUAUGCUACAGACAUCAUGAAGGUCUUACUGGAAAGACUCAUAGAGAAACAUCUAGAAAAAGACCGAGCGAGGCUACUCAUGAGAAGGAAUGAGUCUGUAGCAGAGAAGAUGGUUAGCAACUGGCUUUCCUUCCUCUUGUAUAACUUCCUAGUGGACAGUGCCGGAGAGCCUCUCUUCACGCUCUUCUACGGUAUCAAACAGCAGGUGGAGAUGGGACCGAUAGACUCCAUCACAGGAGAGGCUAGAUACGGUCUCAGCGAGGUCAAGAUUAUCAGGCAAACUAUUGAAAAUAAAACAUUGACCAUCUAUGCUAUGGGCCUUGACAAAGAUGCUGACCCACUGCAGGUCAAAGUUCACACGUGUGACUCCAUCUCCCAGGUCAAAGAGAAGAUCUUAGACUCCAUCUAUAGGACCACACCCUACAGCCAUAGACCACCCAAAGAGGAACUAGAUCUAGAAUGGAGAUGCGGUCUAUCAGGGAGGAAGAUUCUACCGGAAGACAAUGGUGCUGUGGAUGGAGACUGGAAGAGAUUAACAAUGCUCUCAGAUGAACAGGUGCGAGAUGGAGAUACAAUAGCUUUAGUACCAAAGCAAGGUUUCACAAUGUCUGCCUUCACAUCACCUACAACAGGCAGAUAUACUGCGAGUCCGUGCCGAUCGACCACGCCCAUGCUAGGUUCAUCGGACGUAGAGAACGGCUUGAAGCUGUGGCAUCUAGUCAAACAGAGUGAUCAUGAUAACACAAAAGGGAAUGAGAAGGACCACAAGAUGAUGGCUGAAAUAUAUCUACCAAGAUUACUCACAACAAAGGUUACGUUACAGAAGUUUGUAGACGAUCUGUUUGAGACGAUAUUCAGCGUGAAUUACCGUAGCAACACCCUCCCACGUGCCAUUAAGUACCUGUUUGAUUUCUUUGAGGACCAAGCCAAGCAGCACGGAAUCACCAACCCAGAGGUGGUCCAUUCGUGGAAGAGCAACAGCCUUCCCCUACGUUUCUGGGUGAACCUGAUCAAGAACCCUCACCACAUCUUUGACAUCUACAAGUCAGACACGGUGGAUGCCUGCCUGUCCAUCGUGGGGCAGUGUCUGAUGGAUGCCUGCUCUGUAUCCGAACAUCAACUCACCAAAGACUCACCUUCUAGUAAGCUACUCUAUGCCAAGGAUAUCCCCAAGUACAAGGAGUGGGUGGCAAGGUACUAUGACGACAUCAAGAACAUGCCACCCAUCAGCGAUCAGGACAUGAACGCUGUGUUAGCCGAGCAUUCCAACGGUCACCAGUAUGACUUUCACACGCUAUCAGCUCUCAAUGAGCUCUAUCAUACCUAUGCUAAGAAGUACGGUGAACAAAUCUCUGAAUCGUUACAGAAGGACGAGUUUGGUCUGAAGUACAAGCUAGCGGAGAAGUUUGAGCAUGUUGAACAGCUCAUGAUUGACAGUGAAUCUAAUCAUACCGUAUGACAUUCAGGACAAUCUUACACGUGGUCUUGUUGCAAUAUAUAUAUAUUUUUAAGAGAUGAUGGAAUAUCCCCUUGAUGAUGAUGGAAUAUCCCGUUGAUGUUAGCCUUUGUGAGGAUGAUGUUUGAAUGGAUGAUGUCGCUGGAUGGUUGAUGGACGUCUUUUUUAGCGAUGGAAAUCUUUUGAAGGACAUGACAGUGGAAUUGUCAACCAUGGAUUUCUUGUUUCAUUUGUCUUACGUUGAUAAAGAAGCUUGCCUUUUAAUUGUAUACAUGAGGAUGUAGUGUGGAUGGAUGGCCGUGAUUAGACCAAGCUGUCUUGGAAGUUUGAGCUUGGGUCAGUUUGGGCGAGUGUCCGACGAUAUGUUCUUCAAGUAAGACUGAAAGAGUUUUGACGAUGGUACUUGAAGAAAUAUUGAUUUAAGUUUGUGAUAUAAAGCGUGCAUGGGACAUUACUUUGAGUUGUCCUGUCGAGAAUUACAUGUGCCAUGUCAUGGGGCGGUUUGCCCGUUGUGUCACAGUUUGUUCAUCGUGCAGUCAUUUUAACAUUUGUGCAGAAGUACCUGUAUCUCAUCGUUGUGGUUAUCAAAACUUUGUGACAUUAUUUAUUGUGCCUGAGUCAAGAAAGAUAUUUACGGCUUAAAAAAUGAUAUAAUUGGUUUAUUACAAAUGCUGUUAAAGUGUGUUAUCAAAUUACCAGAUAUUACUGCAAAGCAAAUAAAUGCAUUAUUAAUGUACACCAAAUUCAUUUGUGAUAAUUCUACUUUUAAGUAAGCAGAAACUGUGUACUUUGUAGAAUGAUAAUUAUUUUAAAGUUCUCGAAUUAAUUUUGAUUGCAUCAAUAUGUUUCAUUAUAUCUCUUUGUAUAUUUGAAAUUUGCAAUUUUAUCAGUUCAUGAAUUAGUGAACUGAAUGAUCUGAUAUUUCAUUGACAUGAUUAGUUUUCUGACUAUUGCCCCUAAUAUGAACAGUUCUUUCAUCAUUUUAUAGUUUAAUUGAGGAGUUGCCUCAUAAAGUUGGUUAAUAUCUCAUACAAAGUUGAUUCUUAUAGCUCUAAAGGAGACAAUGUUUAGGAAAGUGUGAUUAAACUCAUCUAGGAUAAAACACAUUUUUUACAGUGUAAGAUUUCUCAAAGGUGCUCUUUGUUUAUGGAUCUGAAAUAUCUAUUGACUCUAUCAAACUUUCAGUGCUCUUCUAAUAGUAUGGAAUUACAUAAUUAUGCAAUUCUAUGUUUUCCCACUUUGUUUUUUUAUUCUUUUCAUUCAUGUUUCUUUUUUUAAAGCUAGAUCAAACUAGAACAAAAAGAAUUCUAUGUUGUAUUGUGUUAUAUUUGUUUCUUUUCUUCAGUCAAUCUUGACUUUUACUCUGUCCAUAGCCGAAUUAAUACUAUAACUUUGCAAUCCAGUUGCCUUAAUUACCAUAAUGGUAAUUUUUGGUUUUCUUUUCCUCUCUAUAAUAUCAUCUGAUUAUGAGUGUGUUAACUUGAAGAUCUCAUUUCUUUGAGUGUAUAUUUUCUUUAUUCAUUCUGUAUCUGAAACAAGAUACGUAAUCUUCUAUCCAAGAUAUGUAAUUGCCAAAUCAAAUCGUGUUGUUACCUCUACUCUUAACAGGGGUGUGAAAACUGAAAAGUUAUGUUUGCUGCCUUCAAGGUUAUAAACUUAAUGAGAGUUUAUAUUUCAUACUGAACCAAAGUAUUGAAAAUAGAAACCAGCAUUCUGUAAGGAUGGAAUACAUAAUGUGAACCAGUCCAGAGGAUACAAUGGAGUGUACUGAAAAGAAAGUGAAAAAAUUUCAAACAACAAAUCUCUUUUUUUUUUAAUUGAAAAAAAGAAAAGUAAUUGAUAUAUUUCACAUGAUACUAUUAAGCUCAUGAAUAUAGGAUGGUAUACCAGACGAAAACAAAUUAUUUGGAAAAAUAUAUCACAUUUCUCUCGCAGAAUACUUGAAAGUAGAAAAAGACAAGAAAUUGUUUUAAAAUGUGCUCAUUGACGUUUUUUUUUUUUAAUAUGAAAGAGGGCUUUGGCUGCAGUAAAGCAAAUAUAUGUAAAACUCAAGUAUUCAGUGACUAUACAUCUCAUUCUGUGGUCAUAUAUUCGGAAUUACCAUCAAGAGAUAAUUACUUGCUAAUUAUUCAAAUUCAUUUUUUUAGCAAGAAACAGUAUAUUUGUAUGAUAAGAGAAGUGUCCUUGUCAUGAAUAUAAAUCCCAAGAGUUAUAUCUAAUUCUUCAUCGAAUAAUAUUAUUAAAGAACACAAAGUAUGAAAUCAUAUUCCAUUCAUUUGACCUGAUUAUCAAGUUAUGAAGAAGGAGGUUGCAACGGGUCUUGCAAUUUCUCAUUUUUAUUAUGGAAAAAAAAGGAGGAUUUUUUUUUUAAAGAUACAGAAUCAUACAUAUAAUACUAUUUUCUCUUGAUUGUGAUUCGCCCCAAAAGUGUCCUCCUAUGUUCUAAUAACCAUUAAUGUGGUUUUAAUAUUUAAUCAUGGUUUUACACUGAAUUUUAUUCAUAUAACACUUUUAUCAUGACAAUUUUUUGUUACAAAAAGAAUUCCCUUUUCAAUGUAGAUGUAACAUGAUACAAGCAGCUUUUCUUAAUUUACAUAAAGUGCAUUAUUUAUAUCGUGUAUAGCAAAGUUGUGGUGCAAACCUUGAUUUGUAUUCUGUAUAGCAAGUACAGAGCAUCCUCUGGGUGUGCCCUCGUUAUCAAAGCUUUUUAAAUUAGUAAGAAGAAUGAAUCGAUCUAAUCAAUAGAAAACAGACAUGAUUAGAUUCACUUCCCUUAUUCCGAGACACAAAGUUACCAUGUUGGGUCGUGUUCUUUUACCCCUGGAGUGUACUGUAAUAACUAUUUUAAACUGCAAUGGUAAUCUCCUUUUAAAGGUGUUUUCUAAGUUACCUUUUUAAUAUCGCUGUUGAGAGCCUGAAUAGAUUAAAGGAGGUAGGAUAUGUUAAGAAUUUUCUCCUCCAUACCAUAGUUCAAUAUUGUAUAGAGAAAAGGUCUACACAUCCACUGCUGCAUGUAGUACAUUCAGUUUAAGUGACCCUAAGAAAAAUUUUAAGUGGUUUAAUUCUUUUUUUUUUAAUGUAGUUAUUUUUCCAAGGAAAGUCGUGGCUCAGAAUGUUGAUUCAAUUUUGGAAAUAAAACUUGUAAUAUUCCUAGAGAAAAAGCAGAGUAUAAAUGGAUGUUAUAUCUGUAUAAAUGUAUGUUUUUUAACUGUAUUUUUGUGGAACCUCGAAAGAAUGAAACUGAGGGACCCUACAGAAUAUCUGUAAAUGAUUCAAUGAAUAAAAAGAAAUGUUUUCAUAUUAAAAUUAA